AUGUCAGAAGAUCAGUCAACAACGACUCUGCGCAAUGUUCAACGGGAUUUGGCUGCAUAUCGACGGAAACACGAGGAAAAAUUGAAAUUAGCGAGGGAAAAGGAGGCAGAAGUGAGUUUUCUCAUUUUCUUUUAUUUUUCUUGAAUUUAGAGGAGGAAAAUGAGUUGCAUAAGCUUAAAGAGAGCAUGAAGAAGCUGUAGAAAGGCAUUAUAAAUAUUUUAAACUCCAUUCUCGGCCUUUUGACCAUCAAAUUUUCCAGGAGGCCCAGAAAUUGGCGGAAGAGCGGGAGAAACGAAUGAAUCCCAAGUCAAACAUGUUUUUCUUCCAACUCUGGGCGAUAGAUGUGCUCGACAUCCUUCCCUUGAGGUUGUGGCGAAACUUCAACGCCAAAUACCCGCUGCAAUGUUGGGUUGUGACCUUGUCCUUCUGGCUGAUCGGGCAACUUUUGGCGGCGAAAGUGGAAUUUGGAUGUGUUUACUUUAUGCUCUCCUUGUUCAUUCUGAUGUUCUUGAAUCUGGGGGUUCGUGCUGAAGGUGAAUUGAGCGCGUAUUCGGUGUUUAACCCGAAUUGCCAUCGACUUUUGGGGCAGAUGACCAGCGAACACUUUGAACGGGAUAUUUUGAUGCAAGCCAGAGAAGAUGAGGAGUAG